AUGGCACGGACGACGGUUCUUGCGCUCCUGGCGCUCGUUUUCAUCACCACCCAGUCAUGCCUUGCCGUGGAAUUCUUCGAGUCGUUCGACGAGGAUUACGCCGGUCGCUGGGUCGUCUCUAGCACCGCGGACUACACGGGCAAAUGGAAGUGGGCUCCUGGCGAAGCGUCGGGCGAUUACGGCCUGCUGGUAACCGAGAAGGCGAAGAAGUACGGCAUCGCAGUGGAGCUUCCGGAGCUGGUGGAUCCGAAGCAGGACACCCUGGUGCUGCAGUACGACGUUCGCCUGCAGAACAAACUCGAGUGUGGCGGAGCCUAUCUCAAGUUCCUCAUGCCACAGACCGCGGGCUGGACUCCCAGUCAAUUCAAGGACGACUCGCCCUACUCGAUCAUGUUCGGACCCGAUAAGUGCGGCUCGACGAAUAAAGUGCACUUUAUUUUCCGCCACAAGUCACCCAAGACGGGCGAGUACGUGGAGCAUCACAUGAAGAAGCCCGCGUCGCCUCUCACAUUCGACAAGCUCUCGCACGUGUACACGGCGAUCGUGUAUCCGAACAACUCGGUGGAGAUUCUGAUCGACGGCGAGAAGAAGGCGGAGGGCGAUUUGCUCUCCGGGAAGGAUUUUCAGCCGCCCGUGCUGCCGCCGAAGACGAUCCCGGACCCCGAGGAUAAGAAGCCCGAUGACUGGGACGAGCGAGCCAAGAUUAAGGACCCCGAGGCGACCAAGCCGGACGACUGGGACGAGGACGCUCCGCGGGAGAUCCCCGACGAGGAUGCUACCAAGCCCGAGGGGUGGCUGGACGACGAACCCGAGGAGGUGGACGAUCCCGAGGCGAAGAAGCCAGAGGACUGGGACGAGGAGGAGGACGGAGAGUGGGAGCCGCCCAAAACCCCGAACCCCAAGUGCGAGGAGGCGCCCGGGUGCGGCGAGUGGAAGCGGCCGAUGAAGCGCAACCCCGCGUACAAGGGCAAGUGGACGGCGCCGCUCAUCGACAACCCCGCGUACAAGGGCGUGUGGAAGGCUCGGGACAUCCCGAACCCGGACUACUUCCACCUGGACCGGCCAAACCUGGAGAGCGUCGCUGCUGUGGGAAUUGAGAUCUGGACCAUGUCGGACGGCAUUCUCUUUGACAACAUCCUCGUUACAAGUGACCCCGCUGUAGCGGAGAAGUACCGGCGGGAGCGUUGGGCGCCCAAGUACGCCAAGGAGAAGGAGGCGGAGCAGAAGAAGCGCGAGGAGGAGGACGCGAAGCUGAAAAAGGACUCUGCUGCUGGCAAGGGCGGUUGGGAGGUGAGUGGGUGGUGUGAGGCUGGUGGGUGUGUGGUAGAUGUGUCAUGGGGGGAUAGUGUGGUAUGCAGCAGAAGAAGCGCAGAGGAGGACGCGAAGCUCAAGAAGGACUCCGCUGGCAAGGGCGGGUGGGAGGGCAAGCUGUUUGAAACGUUCCACAAGAUCGCAGACGCGCCCCCUCUCAAGCCUUGUCUCUCGCCCUCUCCCUCUUCUCACCCCACUGCAUCCCUCUCAACCCCACUGCACCCCCCUCUGUCGUCCCCACAACAGGGCAAGCUUUUUGAGACUCUCCACAAGAUUGCAGACGCGCCCCCUCUCAAGCCCGUUCGCCCCCAAAUCAAGGCCAUCCUAGCAGAGGCGGCCAAGUACCCAUACGCAGCAGUGGGCAUCAUCAUUCUCAUCCCCCUCGUGCCCUUCCUGCUGCUCGUCUCUGUGCUGCUCUCCUCGCCCAAGCGGCCGGCUGGCCAGGUGUCGCUGGAGAGGGCCAAGAAGGAGGACAUUACCUCACCUGACGAUGCUCCAGAGGAGAGCGCGGAGGAGCCGAAGGAGGAGGCUAAGGAAAAGGGCGAAGCUGAUGCAGCAGAUGAGCUGAACGAGGGCACCACCGAGCCUGCUAAAGCAGAGGAGCCCGCCGAACCUGCAGCAGCUUCGGAAGCCCAGCCUGCAGCCGUGGAGGAGGUGAAGGAGGGGGGUGAGACCAAGGUGAGGCGGCGUACGCGCAGGGAUUGA